UGUGCAUAGAUCUUCAAACCGAAGCUCUCAUUUUGGCGGGAAAGAAAGGAGCUGUUUCCCGCCAAAACUAUCCCUCAACCCCUUUUGGGGGGGGAAACGAGUCAUCUCCCAAUCGCUCUCUCUCUUGCCUUCUUGCUUUCUCAGACAACUCUAAUGGCUUCAGAUUCUUCUCCCAUCCACAACGGCGGGCCUUCCUCUCCCGAUGAUUCGUACUCAAGUCCUAUCGACAACACAUUUUCGUCUCCCGGAGAUGCCAACAGCAGGAGGAGGCGAAGACGCUCGUCAACCGCAUCAGGAUACGCAACCCCACCUCCUCAGCACUCCCGAUUCGCCGCCACAGAUGCGACUCCCACCCCAUCUAGUACACAGAGCAGAAGAGGGAGGAGAGCUGCUAGGGCCACCCCGGUUGCUACACCCACAUCAACGGACGAGGCCCCGCCGUCUUCGGAGGGCGGGGAGGGUGACGAACACGACGAGGCUCCGCCCAUGUUCGUCUGGGGAACGAACAUAAGCGUACAGGAUGUCAAUGCUGCAAUCCUUCGGUUCCUGAGGCAUUUCCGUGAUCACCCAUCUCAGGCAGAAGGAAAGUACAUGCGGGCAAUUCACCACAUUCUUGAAGUAGAGGGGGAGUCGCUUGAUGUUGAUGCCCACGAUGUUUUUGAUUAUGAUUCCGAUCUCUACAACAAGAUGGUUCGCUACCCACUCGAGGUUCUCGCCAUCUUUGACAUUGUUCUGAUGGACAUGGCCAGCCGCAUCAAGCCACUAUUCGAGAAGCACAUCCAGGCUCGGAUUUUCAAUCUCAAAACAUCCACAUCCAUGAGGAACCUCAACCCAUCUGACAUUGAAAAGAUGGUAUCUGUGAAAGGGAUGAUCAUCCGUUGCAGCUCUAUAAUACCUGAAAUCAGAGAAGCUAUUUUCCGUUGCCUCAUAUGUGGUUACUACUCUGAUCCCAUUGUCGUAGACAGGGGCCGAAUUAACGAACCUACGAGGUGCGAGAGGCAGGAAUGCCUUGCCAAGAACUCCAUGACACUUGUUCAUAAUCGAUGCAGGUUUGCUGAUAAGCAGAUUGUGAGGCUCCAGGAGACUCCUGAUGAAAUUCCGGAGGGAGGAACCCCGCACACGGUAAGCUUGUUGAUGCAUGAUAAACUCGUAGAUGCUGGAAAGCCGGGUGACAGAGUUGAGGCUACUGGGAUUUACAGGGCGAUGAGCGUUCGAGUUGGACCAACACAGAGAACUGUGAAAUCUUUGUUCAAGACCUACAUUGAUUGUCUUCAUCUAAAGAAGACCGACAAAUCGAGAAUGCAGGCUGAGGAUCCUAUGGAACUCGAGAAUGGCUCUGGUGACAAGGAUGAAGACGCUCCUCUUGAUUAUCAAGACAAGGUUGAACAAUUGAAAGAACUGGCAAAGCAGCCUGAUAUUUAUGAAAGACUAACUAGGUCCUUGGCACCAAACAUUUGGGAACUGGAUGAUGUAAAGAAAGGUCUCCUUUGUCAGCUAUUUGGUGGCAAUGCGUUGAAGCUGCUAUCUGGUGCCAGCUUUCGAGGUGACAUCAACAUCUUGCUUGUUGGUGAUCCUGGAACCAGUAAAUCCCAACUGCUCCAGUAUAUACACAAGCUCUCACCUCGUGGAAUCUACACCAGUGGAAGAGGAAGUUCUGCAGUGGGUUUGACUGCUUAUGUCACCAAGGAUCCAGAAACUGGUGAAACUGUUUUGGAGAGUGGGGCCUUGGUACUGAGUGAUAGAGGCAUUUGCUGCAUUGAUGAAUUUGAUAAAAUGUCUGAUAAUGCAAGGAGCAUGUUACAUGAGGUGAUGGAGCAACAAACUGUUUCAAUAGCAAAGGCAGGGAUUAUUGCUUCCCUUAAUGCCAGGACUUCGGUAUUGGCUUGUGCAAAUCCAAGUGGUUCACGCUAUAAUCCCCGCUUGUCUGUGAUUGACAAUAUACACCUUCCUCCUACAUUGUUGUCAAGGUUUGAUCUGAUUUACUUGAUCCUUGACAAGGCCGAUGAACAGACUGACAGGCGCCUUGCCAAGCAUAUUGUUGCAUUGCAUUUUGAGAAUCCUGAGAGCUUAGAGCAGGAUGUCCUAGAUAUUUCAACUUUAACUGCAUAUGUGAGCUAUGCCAGAAGACAUAUUCGUCCAGAGUUAUCAGAUGAAGCUGCAGAAGAAUUGACACGUGGGUAUGUUGAGAUGAGGAGAAGAGGAAACUUCCCAGGAAGCAGCAAAAAGGUCAUAACUGCAACAGCUAGGCAAAUUGAGAGUUUGAUUCGACUUAGUGAAGCCUUGGCUAGGAUUCGUUUUUCACAAUGGGUUGAAAAACGUGAUGUGGAAGAGGCUUUUAGGCUCCUGGAAGUUGCUCUCCAACAGUCAGCAACAGAUCACUCCACUGGGACCAUUGACAUGGAUCUCAUCACUACUGGGGUUUCUGCAAGUGAAAGGAUGAGACGAGAGAAUCUGUUGUUAGCUACUCGUAACAUAAUCAUGGAAAAGAUGCAACUUGGAGGAUCCUCUACUCGUUUAUUGGAGUUGCUUGAAGAGCUAAAAAAGCAAAGCUCAGGUGAAGUUCACAUGAAUGAUUUACGAAAUGCACUUGCAACACUUGCUGGUGAGGGAUUUGUCGUUGUUCACGGUGACAGUAUAAAGAGGAUAUGAUGAAAGAGCAUUGGAGCCAGCAGGUUAACAUUAUUUCAGAAAAUGCAGAAGCUUGCUAAUUUCAGCUACACCUGAUUUGUUAUGGUUCCAGUGGAACUAGCAUCAAUCAUUCUGCAUGGUUAUGGCUUUAUCAAAGAUGUUGUGUAUAUUUACCCAGCUAAAGCUUUAAAGAAAUGAAGUCACUAAACUAAUAAUCAUGGCGUAUCCUAUAAGAAGCUUUGUGGUUGACAGGGUCAUUGUAUUUGCAAUGGGCAGACACUUCUUGGAUAGCAUGUGAACCAAGAAGAUUUUCCCUGUUCACUGUACUUGUAUCACCAGAAGAUAGUUCCAUUUCCAUUCACGAGGUGUUGGUUCAUGGCGAUUUCUCCAAAUGUGUGAAGAGGACUUAAUUUAGUAGUAAGGAUCUUGUUAAGUUAUACGUGUUACCUAAGCAAUGAAAUGUUACCAAUUAUUGUUAUUACUA